AUUCCAGGAUAAUAUUGUACAACACAGCAUGAUGAAUUUUCAUACGUUUUCGCGUCACCGUUCAGUAGCAGCAGCAGCAAAAUCUAGUGCGUCCUCUUCGUAAAAGGUGCAGAACAAAACCUCAGAUCAGAAAGAGGAAGAGUGUGUGCAAAAUUUUGACUGGCGCGGAAAAAUCAUUCAAAUUUGCGACCGAAAACACCUCCCGGACAUGUGUCAUGUGAAAUACGGCGGAAAAAGCGACGAGUUAUUGAAAUUGGCCGGAUGCACCUCAGAAACGAUUUGAAAACCCCAAUUUUUUGUAGAAAACUUCAAAUCUGAAACGAAACAUCAAAUCUCCGCGUGGCGCAAAACGAUCUUCGGACGUAGUCAAAAUGAGCGGUCGUAGAUCGAACGCCGCAGCCGGGGAGGGUCCUUCCACGGGCAAACGGCGAGGUCGACCGCCCAAAUCACAGUCGGCUUCGAUGGAACGUCCAAAGGCCAAAUUUCAGUAUCACCUGCUAAAAAAGCCCAAAUAUUUGUGCAAAGAAGGCAGCGAUUCGCGGUUCAGCACACCAUCGGCAUCGCGGGCCUCCUCACCGCAAGGUAGCGAGGAGAGCCGUCCAUCUACAUCGCGCCGGUCUGUACCAGCUAAAACGCCCCGUGCAGCCAAAGCAACACCCAAGGGCAGAGGCUCCGCCAGUACUCGGGGUAGAGGCAGCAACAGUCGAAAAAAUUAUACAUACCAUGAGUCUGAAUAUCACUACGGAUCGGACUUUGGCGAUGACAGUGAUAAAAGUGAUGCUUACGAUGACUCGAUGCGUUCUGCUAGUGAUUCCGACGAUAGCCUGGCAAAUGAGUCGGAUUCCGAUUUUUCGAUACACAGUUUCAGCACAUCCACCGUUGGUGGUUGUAUGAAGGAGCCCUCACCCGAUCCGGUUUGGCUUCAGGAACGUGACUAUCCCCCACUGGAAUUACCGGCGUCUUCAGAAGAUCUAUUGGUACCGAAUGAGAUAGUGCUCAAAUGUACCUCAAUUUAUGAAAUUAUUCGGCGGUUUCGUCACUUGGUACGGUUGUCGCCGUUUCGGUUGGAAGAUUUUUGUGCAGCAAUUAUGUGCGAUGAUCAAAGUCCGCUACUUACAGAAAUACAUAUAAUGCUUCUGAAGGCUAUCCUGCGCGAGGAGGACUCUCAGCAAACGCAUUUCGCACCACUCGAUCAGAAAGAUAGUGUCAACAUUGCGCUUUAUUUAAUAGACUCUUUAACGUGGCCAGAAGUGCUGCGAAGUUAUAUUGAAAGUGAUUCCGGGUUAGAUCAGGAAGUGCUAUCCGUACUCAGUAACAAUGAGUACCCAUUUGUAACACCAGAGCAAAGACUCAAAGUGUUGCAGUUUUUGACCGAUCAGUUUUUAAUCACGACUACCGUUCGGGACGAUAUGCUACAGGAAGGUCCGAUCCAUUACGACGAUCAUUGUCGUAUCUGUCAUAGACUGGGCGAUCUCCUGUGUUGUGAAACAUGUCCGGCUGUUUUUCACCUUGAAUGUGUUGAUCCUCCAUUGGUUGAUGUGCCAAAUGAGGAUUGGCAGUGCAAUUUGUGCAAGUUGCAUAAGGUAUCGGGUGUCAUUGAUUGCAUAUCAAUGCAGGAGAAACAAGGCAUGUUAUGUCGCCAAGAACUGCUGGGUUAUGAUCGACAUGGACGAAAGUAUUGGUUCAUUGGUCGACGAAUUUUCAUAGAAAAUGAAGACUCUUCCAAGGUGUGGUAUUUCAGCACAGAAAAACAAUUCAAGCUUCUGUUAUCAAAACUGGAUGCUGUGGAAUAUGAAGCUCAUUUAUGUAAAGAGUUUGAAGACCGCCGGGAUGAAAUUAUUCGCCAAAUGGCUCUUACGGAAAGUAUCACUAAUCAGCAUAAAGGAGGCAAAAAAUCUUACUUUGAGUUGGACAACCAGCGUCUAGCGAAGUUGCAAGAAAAAAACGAUGACCAAAUAGAAGUUGAUGAAACAGGUGAGGCCGGGGAGAAUGGUGAUGCAGACGACAAAUCAAAAGAUGGCAGCGAUUCCAACUUAUCUGGUAGCAAAGAUGAUGAUAAGAAUACAGAUGAGAAACAUGUAACUCGAUCUAAGACGGGCUCUUUGGGACCGCGUAUCCUUGCCCAAGAAGACAAGAAGAAAAACUUGAUCAAGGAGGAUGAUGAAUCACGGUUAACCCGUAAUCGUUUGAAUCAGAUAUCGAACGGAACUAUGUACUUUAAACUUGGCAUGGAGAACGGGUUUAAAAUGUACGUCAACCAGUAUAGCAUCAAUCCGAUUGCUCUAAAUAAACCGCAACGAAACGAGGAACGUGAUAAAAAGCGACAUCUAUCGCACAAGUUUUCCUUAACACAGGCUUCAGAGUUCAAGUGGCUAGGAGGCGGAAUGUACAGCACCCAGGCGCAAAUAAUUUCUACCUUGAAGCAGACUAUCAUUGCUCUGGAACAAGCCACUGCUUCACCUUUCCUGCAUCAAAACUGGACCAAGCUUCGCAAGACUUGGAUCAGUGCUAUUAGUUCGUGUACUAAAGCCAAGGAUUUCGCAAGGAUCAUAUGUAUUUUACAAGCAUGCAUGAGAGGAGUGGUGUUUGCCAGUGUGUGGCAUGAACAAUUGGGUCACACAAGAAUGUAUCGCAUAACAUCAGCAGAAAGAGAAGAAAAGAAAAAGUUAGAGAAACGAGAAAAGCGGGAACGAGAUGAUGAGGAGGAGCGGAACAGAAUGACUUUCAACUUUGUAAAAUAUUCGUUGGGCUUAAAACAUCAGGUUUGGAAACAAAAAGGCGAAGAAUAUCGAAUUCAUGGUCAAUGGGAUUGGGUAUGGAUGGCACUGGGCAGACGAAAGACAGCAAAAGUCAGCCAGGAAAAAAUAGCACCCUCCCAUAUUUUGGUGCCGAUUGUUGCCGAAGUUCAUAAAAAACUCCUAAAGCUGGACGAAAAAACAUAUACUGCAUAUCGAGCGUGUGUGGAUGGAAGUAGUGACUUAGAUUUUCUCACAGAUAACGAUAGCUUGAAUAAUCAACUUGUGGAAAGUUUCAAUCAGUUGGAAACAUUUCCGGUGCUGGAAAAGUACGGAGAAAUCGACGUCUCUAAAGCUCUAUCCACACCCGGCGGUAGAAUAUUGUAUCCAAAGAUCGCAAAAAAAUGUGCAAUCUUAGACAGUUUACUAGAAAAACGUGUCGCGCUCAAAGAAGAGGAGGAGAGGAAAAUUGCGAAAGUCAAGCAGGACGAAGAUGACAUCAGCGUCAACGUCAUACAAAAAGCGGAUGUUAAUAAUGUGCGACCAGGUGAAUGCGCCGAAAAGCAACUGCAAGCUAUCAUUAACUGCAAAAAUGGAUCGACUAGCAAAGCACAUCAGCUGCAAUCUAAUCAACAACAGUGUAGCCAAAAUGGUGAACAAUUGAGCUCCUUGUACAAGCAAAUUAUACCUUUACGAGCGAAAUAUCUACAGAUGGAUCGUAUCUCGAAACAAUAUAAAUGCUAUUCUCUUGGCUGCCAAACUGGUGCAUGCUACUCGCCGGCUUGUAUGCAAAAAGAAAAGAUCAUUGGAGAAUUGACUGUCUUGUUAAAAAAAUUACAAAGCCUUGAUAAUCGCCCAACAACGACUUCUGCUAUUGGCGGUACAGCGAAAUCUAUCUUGGAGCAAAAACUUACCGAAAGUAAGUCGGAUGAUUUCCAGGGGUUGUUAGCUCGUUUUUCUAUGAAUCGGUACCGUGCCGUGCUUGAUGAUUGGGAGCGUGCUCAUCGCAAUCUUAUCGAGUACGACGAAGAGUUGGUUGAUUCGAUGGCUCCGCCUAAAACGGAGGAAGAACACAACAACAACGUAACUGAUGAGAUGGAAAUUAAAACUGAAGAAGUUCCUGCCCCUGAUAUGGUAGUCAAAGAGGAAAUUGUUAGCACAGAGAAUGAAGCAGAACUAAACGGAUCAACAGAACGAGUUGACGACAGCUUUAAAAUGAAUGAAAAUUCGAAUUCAAUUUCGGAAAAUUCCUGUGACGAACCGCGCACAACGAGGCGUGGUCGACCGCGAUGUAGUAAAAAUAGCUCGGCGACACUGGUGGAGGAAACAGAAGCUAAGGUUAAGGAGGAACAGUUGGCUUUGCCGAAGAAAGAACGCAAACCCAAUCGCAGGUUUACUGCCCCUUCUCGUAGCAUAAAAAAGGAAGAACCUGAAGAGAAAGAAAUGGCUCCCGAUGGAAGCGUGCGAAUUUAUUCAGUUACUUCAACUAAAGGUAAGAUCUGCCUUCGUUCAUCGAUUGCGCCAAUAACCAGCGUUGAAAGCAAGAUAAAAGCUGGAAACAAACUAACCAAACCAAAGUAUCCAGUGGUGAAUUACUUCCACACUCGCAAGAUGACAACUUCAAUAAUGGUUCUACCGCGACAUGAGCUGCUAAAGUUGAGCCGUUCUGGGGGUCGAUUGCCCGUGGCGGGCUUUCAUCAUAUGGCGAAGAACAAUAAUUCGGUGUGGCCUUAUCCGUGUGCAAGACCGAUGUUCAAGACGUGCUGGUUGUACCGAACGUUAAACUUGUCGACGUUGUCUGCUGUGGCACUGCAGCUGCGCAUUCUCUGGACCUGCCUGCGGUGGGACGAUAUGGCGAUGAAGCCUGCAACCAGCGAUGGAAAGCAUCAGGUCACAACCGAGUCUGAAAUAAUGUCACUGGAAAUUCUUAAACACCGGUAUGCAGGAGUUUUCAACGAACGUAUACAAUACCUCAGGAGGAAAGUUGUAAUUCCAUUGGAAUUACCAAAAACUGUCAGAGAAGUACAAUCUAUCCGGUCCGGUUUGCGUAAACGAAAACGUGCCGAAUCUCCACAACAAACUGAACCGCAAGUUUCGGAGGAAUGGAUAGACGAAGACAAGCUUGAACUUUGGGAGAUUAAGCUUUACGGCGAGAAGCAGGAAAAACUUGCCGCCACUCAGGUUCAGCCGGUAACCCGAACCACUACCGGAAAACUACCGCCCACGCGACAUGCUGGUUCAACUUCAUCAGCCGAUUCCUCAAACUCAUCAACUCCUACCAGCAAUGGUAACAGUGCCUCCGGCUCCAGUGCGGUGAGCAAAUCAGCCGUAAUUUCCAGCAAAGCGUCACGUGAGGAAAUUACCGAAAAAAUGGAGCAACAGUUGCGAAUACAGCGUGCCGCUCAUAACCAGAAGCGAGCUAUGGAACUGAAGCAGCAGCAGGAUGGUGCCACACCGGCAAAACAAACGGUUGUUCAACGUCGAAUCAUUGUUAAAAAUCCUGAUGGAACGACAAAGAUAAUCCAGCAAAAUAUCACACAACCUGCACGGUCGUCACCAUCUUCGACUUCAACGCAGCAGAAAGCACAACAAUCGACCAAUUCCUCGAAGCCUGAUGGUCCACAGAAGGUGCAAAUCAUUCGAGGUCCCGAUGGAAAGGUCAGCGUUCGUGGUCUUAAUCCGGGCCAGCAGCUGAUUCAGACGGCCGAUGGAAAGUUGCACGUACUCAGUGCUGCACCUGGAUCGAGCCCGGCUGCUAGUAAGCAAACAAUUGCCACCAAAGUUGGUCAAAAGAUUAUUACGAAGGUAGCUGCUGGCCAUGCCAACACUUCCGCAACGUCAGCAGCUACCUCGGCGUCUUCGGCUAGUACAGUUCAGACCCAGGCCCAGCAACAGCAGCAGCAAGUUGUUCAACAAGUGCAACAACAACAACAGCAACAAACAACAACCACGGUAGUUAGCUCACCCGCUGCUCCACAACAGAUUUUGAGUAAACCGGCCGGAAUUGUCGUUAGGAGUCAGGGCGGGCAACCGAUAAAGCAAAUCAUCCAGAAGCAGGUUGUGCAGAAGGUCCAAGCAACCAGUACAAGCACGCAGCAAGCGGCAACGCCACAGAAAAUUAUCAUCAAUAAUCAGCAGGGCACGGUCCAAAAGAUUAUCACGUCAAGUGGACAGUUGAUUACCACCGGCGACGGUCAAGUGCAGAAAGUUAUGUCUCAGUCGAAUCUCCAACAGUUGUUGCAAGGUACCGGUCAAAAAGUAGUCGUCGAGCAAAGUUCGACUCAGAGUCCGGUGCAGACACAAAAGGUACUGGUGGCCACCACGCCGACAGGCCAAACGGUGCAGAAACAAAUCCUAAUCCAGAAUACUAGCCCUGGAACGCCCCAACAGAUAAUUAUCAAUCCAGCAGGUGGUCAGAAGGUAGUACAACAGAUUGUUGCUACUCCUGGUCAGCAGAUUAUGAUUGGUGGACAGAGAAUAAUAUUAAAUGCGGCUAGCGGGCAAAAGAUAAUCAGCAAUCAACCUAUUCAAAUACAGCAGAAUCAGCAAAUUCAGCAGGUACAGCAACAAGUGCAACAAGUUCAGAAAGUGCAACAAAUAGUGGCGGCCCCGCAGCAGCAAGUCCAGCAACCGCAGCAAAUACAAAUACAAAUUCAACAGCCGCAAUCACAACCGCAGUUACAAGCAAUCCAAACACAGUCCCCAGCGCUGACCCAGGGACAGAGUCUAACGCAACAACUAUCUAGUGGUAAACUUCAGCUGGCUAAUCUUAACGGCCAGCAGGUUCUUAUACGUCCGCUGGGCAAUAAUCAAGCACAAGUGGUAGCCCACAUCAAAACACAGCCAAAUGGAACGGCUCAAAUCAUUCCUCUGGCGAAUGCGGUCGAUCCUCCGGCCCAGCCUACGCCUCAACCGCAACCAGUGCAACAAAUUCAAGUUCAAGCUGCACCGAUUCAGCAAACAACCAUCCAACAAGUCGUCCAACAACAACAACCGAUCCAACAGACGCUAAACACAUCCGGAGGUUCACAUGCAACUACCUUCCAGCAACUGGCUCAGCAGCAGCAACCACAACAGCAAACUUUAGAUCCCGUGGAGCAAACAUUGCUGCAAGGCCAGCCACCCGGAACCGUUAUUAAGUGUGUUACAGCACAAGUCAUCCAAACACAGCAAGGACCACGAAUAGUACUACAAGGUCUGCAUGGAUCCGAGUUUACUCCACAACAGUCGGCUUUGGUGCAGCAACAGGUUAAGCAGCAGUUGUUAAAAGCACAAGAAUCGAAUGGAAAACAAGGAGUGCUCGGACCAACGAAAAUAUAUCUGGCUAUUCAACCGUCACAACAGGCGGCCACACAACCUCCUCCGUUGGCGCCAGUACAAAUCAAGCAUGAGGGCGGUACCACUCAGAUACAGCUCCACCAGCAAGCCGAUUCUACUGUAACGACUACAACACCAACAGCCGAGGAUUCAGAGCUGCCAUUGUCGGGUUCAUUGAUUAGUACUACAACAACAAUCAAAACAGCCGCCAGCACUAGUAGUAACGAUAGCAAGCCCCAGAUUCUAUCGAACAUUGUAAUAAAUGGCGGUGGUACAACUGCUAUUAAUCCGAUCGUUAAGAAAGAACUACAAAAAGUAUUGGCCAGCAAUCUGACCAAACCGAUUGUAAAUGUUCAUGCAUCGAACUUGCAGCUUCCGACACUGGGAGGAGAGCAAGUGGAUCCAACGACAGAGGAAGCAUCAAGCUCUCCAAACGUCAAGAAAGAACAAAUGUUCAACAGCGAAACUAGGAAAUUGGAUGAAAAGGACGAUUCGUUUGUGGUUACCCCGGAUUACAUCCAGCAAACAAUCAAAAAUGCAUUAAAGCAGGAAAAUCUCAAUCCCGAGAUUGAGGAAAAGCUGCUGAAUUUGCAGCGGUAUCAGGAGAAUCAGAUGAAAACCGAUGACCGUGGAAACGCAGCCAUCGCUCUUCAGCAUAACUAUAGCAACAUGAGUGCUACAAGAGAGCAUAGUACACCAGUGAAGGCCAAAAAGCGUUCUUAUCGUGGUGAAGAUGAUGACGAUGAGUGGAUGAUGGAUACGCCUAAACGAAGGCCAACAAAAUCGAUUGCAAAUCCACUUGGUUCCCUGGAGCGAAAGAAUGUGCCCGUUGCAACACCCGACCUAGGGCCUGGUUGUAGCAGGAAACGGGGCAAUUCACAAAGUGACUCUGUGUCAUCUGCGCAGGCCGCAGCCGCUGCAGCGGCAAUCGUAGCAUCAGUGAAUGCCGCGAAAGAUGUAUCAGUCCCAUUGCCGAACGCAACUCCUAUUUCCAGUGCUCGAUCGGAAGCGGCCAGAAAAAGUAACGAAAAGCGGAAACAGCAGCAGCUGCUAUUACAACAACAACAGAGACAGAAUAAGUUGCAGGCUCAACUAAACCGCCACAAAGAGCAACUGAAGAAAGACAUUCUCAAGAAGCGAUCUCAUCUCGAACGGGAAUUACAGGUACAAAUUCAGAAAGAACUGUCUGUCGAACUGGCAGCGCGUUGCAAACAGGAGCAUCAGCAGAUUAAGUUGGAACACAAUGCCAAGCAUGGGGCAUCGACCACUCACUCUACUGCUGCUGAAAAAAGUAGUUCAACAAAGAAAAAAACAACCACAACCGUUGUGUCCAAAGAACCCAAUCCAAAAGCACAAAAGCAUGGGAAUAGUACAAGCAAAUUGGAGAAACCGUCCAAAUCAAACAGGAAAAGAAUGUCUAAUAAAAAGGAAAAAAUCUACUGUGUUUGUCGGACGCCUUACGAUGAUACGAAAUUCUAUGUUGGUUGUGAUUUGUGCAAUAAUUGGUUCCAUGGAGAUUGCGUCGGUAUCUCAGAGGAACAAUCAAAAGAAAUCAACGAAUUUGUGUGCAGCGAGUGCAAACAUGCACGGGAAACACAGGAGCUGUAUUGCCUGUGUAAGCAACCGUACGACGAGUCACAAUUUUACAUUUGCUGUGAUAAAUGCCAGGACUGGUUCCACGGGCGAUGCGUUGGUAUUUUGCAAAGCGAGGCUGAGUUCAUUGACGAAUACAUUUGUCCAAACUGUCAGAUAAACAAUUCAGUUAACUUUGCUAACAUGAAAACGCUCAGCGCGAAAGAGUUCGAGAAUCUGAAAAAGCUGAUCAAACAGUUACAGCAUCACAAAAGUGCAUGGCCUUUUAUGGAACCAGUUGACCCAGAUGAAGCCCCAGAUUACUAUCGUGUGAUAAAAGAACCAAUGGAUCUUCAAAAAGUUGAAAACAAGGUGGACAACCAGACCUACAACACACUGUCGGAGUUCAUCGGCGAUAUGACCAAAAUCUUCGACAACUGUCGCUAUUACAAUCCAAAGGAGUCCCAGUUUUAUCGAUGUGCCGAAAGUCUGGAGUCGUUCUUUGUACAAAAAAUAAAAUAUUUCCGGGAAAAUUUAGUUGAUAAAAAGCCUGGUUCGUCCUCGUAAAGGCAAGUGAUCAAAGUUAUACCCAUACCUUUGCUUUUUUAUUUUAAGUAUCGAGCACAACAGGGCGAAAUGGAUUUUUAAUUGCGUGUGUAACGGUAUAUAGAAAUAAAGUCGCUGCAAUUUAGGUUUGAUUGAAAUACGUUUAAUAUCCAUAACACUGAUUUCUUAUAUUCGUUAGGCAGUGGAGCUUUUUUUUCACAUUCAUUGGAUUAACAUGUCUAGCAGUUUCUUUGUAAUUUUAGAAUCCCGCGAAAAAGAUGAUAUUUAAUAACUAAUUUAUUUUAGAGCGCUAGGCUAAUGAACGUUUUUAGCAGACGGCGAUAGAUUUCUACCGUAUUGUAAAUAUUGCAGGAGUUGUAUGACAUCCCAAUAAUUUGUAAAUAAAGUUUUUCGAUGAAAAAAAAAAAUAGAAGCCGGGUGCGUUUUAAGGAAAGUGUAUAUUUACAAUGGCCUUCUCAACAACAGCAACCAUUUAUAUUCAAGUUAAGUGGAGUGGAACCUAAAUGUACAAUUGUACAGUUAAAUUUAUGUGUCAUUUUGCUCUUGUCACGAAGCAGUAGCUAACGUUAUGUACUUGUUAAUUAAAAAUAUGUUUAUUCUCUUUUAUAUUUCCAAUCGGCGCGUUUAUAAUAUUUUGCACAGAUUAAUAAUUUACACUUUUUAAUGCAGCGGUAUUACCGCUAGUUUACACUUUAUACAUACAUAAUGUAAGAAAGGCUCCCAUACAAGAGGUUUGUUAAUCUUCGAUACAUAUGCUUUUUGUGUAAAAAGUUUCUACAAUCGUUAAGUGAUAGGGGAUAGUGAAACCGUAGUUUUGACAUUUUAUUAUAAAUAGAAUGUCAUUGUAAUUAAAAGCUAGCAGUACUAAGACUAUUGUACACAAUACAUUUACUGUACAUUAA